CUAACAGUGGAUGGACUUGAUGUAUUAGAAGAACUUGGGCGUGGUCAAUAUGGGCAAGUAAAUAAAAUGAGACAUAAAGAAACUGGAAAAAUAAUGGCAGUCAAAAGAAUACGGGCCACACCUGACCAAGCUGAGAACAAGAGACUAUUAAUGGAUUAUAACGUUGCUCUUAGAAGUGUAGAUUGUCCCUAUACAAUAAUGUUUUAUGGGGAAUUUUUUAUAAUAGGAGAUGUGUGGAUAUGUAUGGAAUUAAUGGACAAAUCAUUAGACAAACUCUAUCAGUUGGUCUAUAACAAAUUACAAGAAGAUAUUCCAGAAGUUGUUGUAGGAAAAAUGGCAUUAGCAACCUUAAAGGCACUUACUUAUCUUCAUGAUAAAUUGAAUGUUAUGCACAGAGAUGUCAAACCCUCUAAUAUUUUAAUUAAUCAACAAGAAAUAAAGUUAUGUGAUUUUGGUAUUGCUGGAGAACUAGUUAACUCAUUAGCUAAAACAGAUAUAGGAUGUCGGCCAUAUUUAGCUCCUGAGAGAAUUUAUGGAGGUCAACAUAAAUAUGAUCAUAGAUCAGAUGUGUGGAGUUUAGGGAUUACUUUAUAUGAGCUGGCAAUGGGGAAGUUCCCUUAUCCUCCUUAUAGGAACCUCUUUGAACAGAUGAAGUUAGUUGUUGAAGGUGACCCACCUCGUCUUCCUCCAGAUAGUCAAUUUUCAGAUGAUUUCAAAGAUUUUGUUGCUCAAUGUGCUUAG